CCGUUUAUGAGACACCUAUAGCUAUCUUCACCAUGCUACAAGUAAAAGUUGUCCUGCUUGCAGCUAUAAUAUCAUGUAUACUGGCCCGGAGUAUCAACGCUACUAUGACGUCACAAGGCUCAAACAUGAGUCACUAUGUUCCGGAGAAUGUUCCUGAAGUGAUACGUCUUGUUCCGAGUAUACUGCUUAUAAGGGCGCAGGGGAAUUCAAAAUCCGGCGUCAUGACUAUAACACGUGAAGAAGCAGAUACCGUCGUUGAAAUUCCGAGAAAUAGUUCGAUAAGGAAGUUUUAUAACAACAACUGGUCGGCGUUCAGCUGUUGUCGACGAUCAACUGGGACAAUGGGGAGAACUCGAAUUUACAGUUAUUACCUCAUAGUCGAUACGCGAACUUGUUAUAGGAACUAUUGUCCAGACACAUGCAACGAUGACUUUCCCAGUUGCCAUUCGUUUCGUUACAACUUCAAUGCUUGUAAUUCGCCAAGAUAUUACGGGUUCAUGACCUUACACUGCCCAAUGACGUGCCAGCGUUGUCGGCCAAUUGUAACAACAACAACGACAACAACGGCUAUAACAACGACAACGGCUUCAACAACAACCGUUCCUCUGACGUCACUGACACAACCUCAUCUGGUUCGAGUUAACAUCUAUUUUACGGACACGGUUUACCCCUAUUAUUACACGUACACUACGUCACAAUCGCCACCGAGUUACCCAUGGAAGCGGGUUUCAUUUAGCAACUUGCCUGGGGAAGUCUCAUCAUUUUACCUACACUCACAGCCUACUCCACCGUUCAACGUACCCAUCUACUUUUGCUUUCAAAAUAUUGCAGUCAACUAUCAUACUAAUAUCCGGGUAAUGAAAAUAACUGACCAACCUUGCUCCAGAGGUUGGUUUUUCGAUUUUCUCUUAUAUGGCUCGCUGGUUCAAACUCCAAAUUCUGUCUUCCUAUUGGUCAGCACAAGAGAUUAUCAACCAAUAGGAUCACGAGUUCACCGAACUGCCAGUUGCUGUGGUUACCAACGUGACGUCAAUUACUUUUACGGAUCAACUAAUAACGCCGUCCAAGUCACUAUUCCGCCAACUGUAUACACCGUAUUUCCCCAACCCAUUACCACUACCACAACACAAAUCCCAUUUACGACACAAACUUACUUACCAACGGUGACGUCAUCAGCUCUGACGUCAGAGCAGCAAGCUUGCUUGGACCAUCACAACUUUUACCGAGCACUACACAACGCCAGUCCCCUGCAGUGGGACAACGAUCUAUUUGUAACUGCUCAAAGGUGGGCAAGGUAUCUAAUAGGAGUGGCCGCGGAGAAUCCUUUACGCCCAACUUCUGGCCAAACGACAUCAAAUUGGCCACAUUCAGACAAAGGAACGCAGUACCGACAGGUCGGAGUCGGUGAGAACAUAGCAUGGGAUAUGUCUAUUACUAGAAGACCUAUACAAGAAUCCAUUCUUCGUUGGUACCUAGAAAUAUUUGACUACGACCGAACUAACCCGCUAUCUAGAGACCGAACCAGACCAACAGGUCAUUUUUCUCAAAUGCUGUGGAGAGCAACCACAAAAGUUGCGUGUGCUACUGCCUAUCGUACAGUGUACAGACACGGGACAAGUUACAUAGCAUCUUAUAACAUUGCUCAUUACUAUCCGCUGGGAAACAUUUACUAUCCAGGAAAUAGCAGACCCUACGCCGCAUUUGAAAGUAACGUACGGCCGCUGAUAGCAGGAGCUUGUCGGAGUCCAGAUUACUGCGCACGUGACAGUGGAUGUGUCGGAUUUUCGGCUUCAUCGAGCUGUGUAUGUUCGGGUGGAUACUUCGGAGGACUCGGCGGUAACCCUCAGUGUUCUGGGCAAGGGGGCUGCGCUGUCAAAUGCGCCCCGCCCACCGAAGGCAGAACCUUACCAUACAACUGGGUCUCGGAGUGCCGCGGGGAAAGUAUGUGUCGCUGCUCGUACCAAGUUGUUAACAAUCGUUAUGGUGCAAUUUGCGAAUAAUAAGCGAAGAAAUCGGUUGCACCUAAUCGUGGAGUUCAAUAAACGAAAUAUACGUCCU